AUGACGCGCGGCCGCGACUGGACCAUGCGGCGGGCGGGGGCGGGCGGAGCGCGGGCGGCGGGGCCGCUGGGGGCCGCCCCUCGCCUGGACCCUAAUGCGGGACGCAGGGGCCGUAUGCGGGCCGGAGCGCAGGGGCGCGGCGGGCCCAGGGCAGGCUCGGCGGGCUCGCGGCCCCUCCCAGCGCAGUCCCUGGCCUGUGCCCGCGGCCGGAGCCAGCGGCUCGUCGGUGACCCGAAGGCCACGAGCGCGUCGCCCGACUUGGCCCCUGACGUCUUCGUCCUGCGGGUGCGGCUGGAGGAGACGGGGGAGAUAUUCCGCGUGGCAAAUUGCCGCGGCGACAUGACCGUGCGGGAGCUGAAAGAGGAACUGGACCUGAUGGUCGGCAUUCCCUUCAACCUCCAGCGGCUCCAAUACCUCGACGAAGGAGUUUUGAUGGAUGACACUACCCUGAAGUUCCACGAUGUUGUUCCUGGAGGGAUUAUUUCAUUAUGUAUCUGGCGUCAUGACGGAUGGACAGAACUUGUUUUGGCGGCUGCGGAAGGGGAUCCCAGCAAGCUAUCUUGUCUCGGGCUUACUGAAGAUUCCUUCUACCGAACUGCCAAUUCAGAACAUUUUGAGGGUGAGAAGUGGAAGCAGUGGACGUCUCAGAGGGCGUUUGUGGCGCUGUAUGUGGCCUCACACAGAGGUCACUCUGUUGCUGUGCAGUACCUUCUAGAAAAUGGAGCCAGCUGCCUCAGCAGAUCCCCCCUGGGCAGGGCACCCCUGCAUGUGGCUGCAGCGAUGGGUCGGUCAGACUGUAUAAGUCUUCUGCUCCAGCACGGGGCCUCCAUCCACGACAGAGACGCCAAGGGGGAGACCCCCAUCUCCAUUGCACACCGCCUGAACCACACACAGAGUGAGCGGCAGAUGUUCCUUCUCCACCAGAUAGCAAAGUCAGGGAUAAGGGAUCUUAAUGACUUGGUCAUGAAGAAUGCUUUGCAGAGGAUCAAGUCUGGGUUUAGGACUAAGAUAAUGAUGAUGACCCCUCAUUAG